GAGAGAGAGCGUGUGCAUGUGCCUGCGCGCGUAUGUGCGUUAUUGAGAGCCCGGGAGGAAGGAUGGUUGCUCAUGUCUGAACUGCCUCCACACUCGCAGGGAAAGUCAAGGCAGAAAAUAGCAGAAGGGGGGAAACAGACGCAGUGGUCUCAUCUCACAGAGGACUGAUUCUGUCCAUCAUUUGUUGGGGAAGCUAAUCAAAGGGAUUUGGCAAUGCCUGCAGAGGUGAAAGGGUGUUAAUUCCAACAGGAUCACAGUUUCUCCUCUGAUCUGCAUUAAUACCUGGAUAGAGGGCAGCAUGAUUCAUCUAUCAAAAUUAGCUUGAGCAGAUCCCAGAGGGGCCCUCCUCACUGGGGGGCAUGAUCCUGGAGCCCAAGGAGCCCCCGGGGGAGCAUCCAUUGCCUGCAGAUGAUGACCUGGACACACCCACCUCCAACACCUCCGUGGUCACCUCCACCAAUGGCAGUUCCACUACAGAGACACAAUACUCAGAGGCAGAGGACCCCAAGGCUGUUAAACUGGGGAAUGACCAAGCAGACACUCCAGACACCACCGCCCUUCAGCUUCCCCCAGCCCCGCAGCCUCCCUCGGUUCCCCGGAUCCCCUUGGUUUCAGACGACCCAUCUCUGAAGCCCAGCCCUCUAACCAACGGCCAACACUCCUCUGAGUCCCUCACAACCCCUAUCACAACCACUGUUACCACCAACACUCUCCCUCCUCCCUACAACAACACCAACAGUGAGCCCCAGACAGAGAAGCCUGAAGGACAGAACAGCGCCUACACCCUCCCUGACCCUCCCUUUCCUGGCCUGGGUGGUGGCAUGUGUGCUGGGUAUGGCAGCCUGUCUCGUGGUGGUGUCCACCAGAGCUCCCUCCACACCUACUGGCCCUCCAGGAACUACCAGCCCCAGCCUGGGGGUCACUACACCCUGCCCCUCCCCAGGGACAUCUACGGCAAGGUGGGCCUGACCAACCAAACCGAGAGGGAAGGACCAGGGGACGACACCCUGGGUGGAAUUCACCAGCUCAGACCCAUCACUACCAUGGAGCUCCUGAGGGAACCUUCCAGAACCAGGCCUCUCUCUUUCCCUUGUCUCAGCCCCCCCUCCCCACUUAACCCCUCCAUCCCUUUAUAUUUUUUCAGAGGUGGAUACGAGGAGGCUCUCAUGUCCCAGGUGGAUGGGGAUCCCAUCUCCUUCUUCCAGGCCAUGUCCAGGGCCCAGAUGCUACAGUUCCCCCACAAGCGCAGUAGCAUGGUCAGCCUGGACAGCAUCCGUAAGGACCCCCGCUGGAGGGACCCCAACCUGAGUGAGGUCAUCACCAUGCUCAGCCACCCCAUGGACCCGGUCAAGUCCAACGCCGCCGCCUACUUGCAGCACCUGUGCUACGAGAACGACCGCAUAAAGCAGGACGUCAGGCAGCUAAAGGGGGUUCCAGUACUGGUGGGCCUCCUGGACCACCCUAAAGCCGAGGUCCACCGCAAGGCGUGUGGAGCCCUGAGGAACAUCUCCUACGGGAAAGACCACCACAACAAGGUGGCCAUCAAGAACUGUGACGGCAUCCCGGCCCUGGUCAGACUGCUGAGGAAGUCCAGUAACAUGGAGGUCACAGAGUUGGUCACAGGAACCCUGUGGAAUCUGUCCUCCCAUGAGCCUCUGAAGAUGAUGGUCAUCAAUCACGGGCUCCAGACGCUGACUGAUGAGGUCAUCAUCCCCCACUCUGGCUGGAGGAGAGACCUCACUGAGCACUCAAGACCCCAGGAGACCGAGUGGACAACCGUGUUCAAGAACACCUCAGGGUGUCUCAGGAAUGUGAGCUCAGAUGGGGCAGAGGCUCGCCAGAGGCUGAGGGAGUGUGAGGGGCUGGUGGACGCUCUCCUCCAUGCCCUACAGUCAGCGGUUGCCAACAAGGAGACAGACAAUAAGUCAGUAGAGAACUGCGUCUGUAUCCUGAGAAACCUCUCCUACCAUGUCCACAAAGAGGUGCCAGGAGCGGAGCGAUUUCAGGAACCCGUAGCCAAUCAGGUGCCACGGUCAGGAUCAGGAGGGAAGAAGAAGAAUGAGGGAGACUGUUUUGGAGGGAAAAAGCCCAAGGAGGAGUGGUUCAAUCAAAGCUGGAGAAACGGACCAGAUGACAAAAAAUAUGGUACACUGGAUUUACCCAAACGCACACAACCAACGAAAGGUCUGGAGCUGCUGUACCAGCCAGAGGUGGUGAGGCUGUACCUGUCUCUCCUCACUCGCAGUCAAAACCACAACACCCUGGAGGCAGCAGCCGGAGCUCUGCAGAACCUUGCUGCAGGUCACUGGGCUUGGUCCAGUUACAUCCGGGCCACAGUUAGGAAGGAGAAAGGUCUGCCUGUCCUGGUGGAGCUACUGCGUUCAGAUGGUGAUAAAGUGGUCCGAGCUGUAGCUAUUGCUCUACGCAACCUGGCCAUAGAUCGACGGAACAAAGACCUCAUAGGAAGCUAUGCCAUGAGGGACCUGGUCAGUAACCUGCCCAGUGGUCAGCAGCGACCAGCCAAGAACCUGGAAGGGGACACAGUGGUGGCCAUUCUGAACACUAUCCAUGAGAUCAUCUCAGACAGCCCUGAGAAUGCCCGUGGUCUCAUACAGGGUCACGGCAUCCAGAAACUGGUGGCCAUCAACAAGACAAGCCAAUCUGUGCGGGAGACCAAAGCAGCAUCUCAUGUCCUACAGACAGUGUGGGCCUACAAGGACCUGAGAAAUAGCCUCUACAAGGGAGGCUGGAACAAGAGCCACUUUAAGUCAACCACUAGUGGAAUACCCAAAAAAACUAAGACCGGAAAGGCAGCCUAUGAUGACAUCACACUCCCUCUGAUGGAGAAAAACCAAGAUGGAUACUCCACCGUGGAGCUGAGUGACAGAGUGGGUGAUGGGUUACUCCAGAGUAUCCCAGAGAGGAAGCACUUCAUCCGGGCUGGAAGGCCUGCAGUGGGUCUGGUGGAACGCAAACCUCCACCCCUCGAUUCCUGGGUCUGAGGAGACGUGGCAGUAAAAGAACAAGUGGAACAUCAACAUUUGUGGAGGUCAUUGUGGUGUUUAUUCUUUAGACGGACUUUCUGUAGGUCAAUACACCAUUCAGGACAACAUGGUUAUUCUCCCGCCAGAAAAUCAGAAUGGAGUGAAUAUAGGAUCUUACAUUUACAUGUUCAAAGUGUUAUUCAAACUCUGGCUGCAGUUGAACAUAACCUCUACUAUAUUUUAUACAUACUGGACAGUGGGAUGAGUGGAGUGACACAGCUGAAUGUAGUGCAGGAUGAAAAACACAAUACUAACACUUUCUAUGAAAUUAGGAUUUGUCAAAACAAUUUUUUUUCUUGACCUGCCUUUUCCUCCAGUAUUUCCAUACUGUGUUUCACUUCUGCAAAUUGUGCAUUACUUUCAUGUGAGAGACAAGUUGGAAAUGGGAUUGUAAAUGUGUAAUAAAAGAUUCAUAUUCUAAAUUAAGGCAUUUAUAUUGUAAUAUUCAUGUUAUUUAUGAACAGUUGUGAAUGUUAUCUUGUAACCAAAAAUGUAAUGGAUACGUUAACAUUAAUAAUGCCAUUUUAUCAGCAGCUGACAUGAUGAAUUUGCUAUAUGCAGUGUUUGUUCUUGCAUCGCGAUGUUGAACUGAAAAUGUAAGCAAAUAAAAUCCAUAA